AGAGAGAGAGAGAAUGAUCGUUUCGGAAAUCGGAACCUAGAAAUCUAAUAGCAAUGGUUUUGAUUAGGGAGUUUUCUUUCACGAGGAGCUCCAGGGAAAUGGAGUAUUUACAUUUUUAAACUCGAGAGUUGGCUCAUUUUCUUAUGUCGUUUUCAUCACUCGCGCAUCUCUCUUAUUUGAUUGAAGUCAUAUACUAGUCGGAAGCAAAUGGGACUAUUUCAAACCUCAAAUCCCAUUUGCCCAAGAAACCAGCAUUGUUCGGAAUGGGCAGAAAAGAAUAUGAAAUACUGCCUUUGCAGUGCGAAGGAUGGAGUUUCGCUCACUCUGGGAAUAAUUAGUGUUGUCAGUUGGGGUGUAGCUGAGAUACCCCAAAUCGUUACGAACUACAGGGAAAAAUCUUCCGAGGGUCUGUCUGUUGCUUUCUUGCUAACAUGGAUAUUGGGAGAUUUUUUCAAUGUCUUUGGCUGCAUACUCGAACCAGCAACACUUCCAACUCAAUACUACAUGGCAUUGUUGUAUACGAUCACCACAGGGAUUCUGGCUGCACAGACCAUAUACUAUGGCCAUAUAUAUCCUCAGCUGAAGUAUCGUCGAAGGCAGUGCAAGGUUCUUAUUCAUAGUAGUGAUGCCCAUGCACAGACUGAUGCACGUGAUAGAGCCCAACAAAGCUAUGGCAGUGUUAAUGUGAAGCACAAUGAUGAUGACAAGGGCAACAAGUUAAAUGCUUCAGUAAGAGAGAGUGUUUCCACCAGUCCUAUUCCUCUUCCAAUGCUUCCGCGAAAUAAUUCCAUGGGAAGAGAGCUAUACUACAUGUCAGCGAGAUCUCUAUCAAGGAGUCAUACUCCGGCAGCAGGGUCUUUCUUAACACAAAGAAUGACUCCUAAUUCUUCUUUUGGUCAGAACCCUAUGCAAGAGCCCCUGCUUGAUGGAAAUCAACCAUCACCACCUUCAACACCUCCCAAUGUCAAGAGCAUGCUAUGUCUGGUCUCCGUGUUGACUUUCCUCGGCACACUCAAUCUCCAUCAAUCUGCAGAAAACAGAUUUCACAGCAUAUCUGACCAUCCAAAUAAAGGAUUUGUCAUACCAGUAGGAAGAAAGCUCUUACAGGUUGCUGGUGAGCUGUUGCAAAACAAUGGUAACGAAGGAAGCAGUGGAAUUGGAACUUACCUUGGUUGGGCAAUGGCAGUGAUAUACAUGGGUGGACGACUUCCUCAAAUUUUCUUGAAUAUAAGAAGGGGCCAUGUUGAGGGUCUUAGUCCAUUAAUGUUCAUAUUUGCUUUAAUUGGAAACUCCACUUAUGUAGCAAGUAUACUUGUAAGCAGUACAAGUUGGUCAAAAAUCAGACCGAAUCUCCCGUGGCUUGUGGAUGCAUGUGGAUGUGUGUUUCUCGACACUUUUAUACUAAUACAAUUCAUCUAUUUCAACUCCCGGAUACAUCGAGAUGAAGAUGAUAAGCUUGUGCCUCCCACCAGUGAAGCUUAGGAUUCCCUGACAAGGAAAUGAUAUUAUUGCUAAGAUAUGGUAAUUCGUCUACGGCCCCAGUUGAAGCUCCAAUGCACGUGAAAAUUGAUUAGUUUUCAUGGCCUCCUCUGCGCAAUUACACGUAAGCUGGCCCGAGCACAUUAAGAGAGAGCUAUACUAGUUCUUAACUUUGUCGUUCUAAUAGUCACAGUUUGGAACAUACAAACAUCUUCUUUCACACAUUUUAUUUUGGUAGAAUUUUUUUCUUGAUUA